AUGGGGCGUGAUUCGGCUUUGUUUAAGCACCUAUCUCAGGUGGAUUUCGAGGAAAUCCGAAUGAAAGGUGGCCGAAAGAAGAAAGCCGACAAGAAAGCGGCCCCAGCCAAAGCAAAGGCCGAAAGCAAAGGAAAAGAGAAAGUAACUUUCUCGGAACCACCGCAGCAGACGGAGGAUGAAGAGUCGGCCUCCCACUCUGACAGAACCGAUACAGAGAAGACCGAGGACGAAAGAUCGGUCAAUGAGGACGAGCAUUCGGCCCAGAGCCCCAAUAAUACCGGUCCUGACGCCAAUCUUGAGACCACCGAGGGUGGUGAAGAGGAUGGUGAAGAAGAGGUAUUACACCGAACCUGCCUCUUAAAACCAAAGGUCCAACUACGGAAGCUAACCACACGCAUCCGGAAAAUUACGGAGGAGUUCGAAGCGGUGGGACCAGAAGACACCUUAACACCGCGGGUGUUAGAAAGGCUUGAAAAAGCCAAAGGAGACCUCAUUCAAGAAAUUGACCGACUAGAAGCAAUAUGCAGUCAAAGAAAAAUACCGGUCUAUACUGCUCCCCGGAUCGAAACAAGUCCGGAUCACUGUCCAACACUUCCAAGGGAGAAUGCGGCAUCAAAAGAAUCCGAUGAAAGAGCGGAUCCUAAACUCACUGGGCAAUCCCCUCCUUCACAACCGGAAGUUUCCGCAUCAGACUUCACAAAGGAAUGGGUUGAGGGCCGUCUUCAAAGGCUUGAAGACUCAACCGCAGAACGGAUUGAUAUCCGCAUUCAAGAGUUUGACGACUCUGCGGUUCAGCCAUUCAAGGAGAGAUCCCAAAGAAUCAUUUGCUCGGCACUCAAGUUCGCCGACAACACAAGGUAUCUCUUGAAUAACAAUCGGGACCGACUCUCAGAAAUCGACGAAGAUCUACAGGAAGAGGCGGCUCUGCGCAGUAAAUAUUUUAAGCGAACCGUAAUUUUAGAGGAUUUGACCUCCGAGUUAAAGGAAGACUUUCACCGGCUCGAAAGAGAGACCGAUCAACGAUUGGCGGAAGUUGCUGGGGACCUGGUCAGCACAACACUCGGACGGGUCUCCGAACUCGAGAAGAAAAAUGAGGGUCUCGAGGCCGAACUGAAGGCGCUUUCUGAACAAGUUGCCGAACUGCUGAGGGUUAAGAUGAACGCGGACGCCGCGGCUGUAGAGGUUGAUGCCCAAGCGGCUAAGAGGGUUCAGGAUGCGCUGGACGCCGAAGAAGGUAAAGAGAAGGAGGCACCGCGAUCAUCCCAACUCACCGAAGAAGAAGAGGAAGCCGAGCAGAUUCGAAGGUCAGAGGCCAUGUUGCCAGGACUAGCAAAGAAAGCAGCCGCUCAAGCUGUAAAGGAUGCUGAGCGGUUGGAAAGGGAAACACGGAGGCUGGAAGGCUUCGCAGCCGACAACAAGAAAAAGAAGGCGGCCUCCUCCGCUUCAGCGCCGAAAAAGCGAAAGAGGGAAGCCUCAAAGAAAGCUCAAAUAGCCAACCUGCUUAAUGAGGUCACUGAAACAGUCAUCACGAGUAAAUCGCAGCAGGCUAUUCCAGUCGAAGAGGAUGAAGAUGAAGAGCACCUGCAGACCCGGUCUACAAGACAACGAGUUUCCGAACCGGCCAGUCGACCGCCACCGGAGAAGAAAAAGCGGAGCAUAUAUGACUUCUCGGACUCGGAAUAG